CACGGUUUAGUAAGUGUGAAGUUUUUCCCACACGACAGCGAAAAAUCAUCUCGACUGCGUACGGCAGUGGUAGAAGAAGCAGGUGCUGAGAAUUGACAUUGUUUAUCUGACCGAGUAAACAUCGACCUGUCGGUGUGCGUGGAUGUGUGUAAGGUUUAGGGGGUGUAAAUCUACCGUUACCUCGAUCCAAGUGCGCUGUGUGCGUGUAGUGUUCUACCGCGGCUACCAUCCUCCAGGUGACGCAUUGUUUUAUCACCGCUAUCAUAUCAUCGAUACGUGUGACGCUCUAUCACCGGUACUCGCGAGUUUUUGGGACCAAUAAAUGUACCACAUCACGGACGGCUGUGCUAUCAGUGAAGAAACACCGUUGAAGCACGACGAACGAAGCAUUAGGCGACAGCAGCGAACGGCAGCAUCGUACCGACAUCUUGACCCAGCAGUGAUAGUGCAUUACACGGGUAGUUCAAGUGAUAAUUCGUGCUCGAACGACAGUAACUGUAGCAACUGCACGACGUACCUUAGCAGCGAACAGCAGCCCAUCGUAGGAACCAACCGUGGUGGUACAGCAAACACCAGCUCCAACAUCACCAUGGACGACACGAAGAAGGUGCUGCUGAAAGUUGGCUUCGAUUUUCUCAUCCUUUGCUGUGUUGGAUUCCCUAUCCUAAUUUUCUUCCUGGUCGGUGAUCCGUUCAAGCGUGGAUUUUUCUGUGACGAUGAAUCGCUGAUGCACCCGUUCCAUGAUUCAACCGUUACGAACUGGAUGCUGUACAUCAUCGGUAUCUUACUGCCUGUAAUUGUGAUACUAAUCACGGAACUGUUCAGAGCAAGGGCUAAAAAGCCAUCCGAGACACAAGCGCUCAAGGUAUGGAACACGGACAUUCCCUGCUGGGUCGUGCAGUCGUACAAGUCGGUCGGCAUGUUUGGGUUCGGUGCGGCCGUUAGUCAGCUGUUGACGGACGUCGGCAAAUACACGAUUGGUCGCCUACGGCCACAUUUCUUUGAUGUCUGCAAACCACGGAUGCCAGACGGAACCACUUGUGCCGAUACGAUCAAUCAAGGACGAUAUGUAACGGACUUCACAUGCACCAGCGAGAAAUCGUCUGCCCGCAUGCUGAAGGAAAUGCGCCUGUCAUUCCCGAGUGGACAUUCCAGUUUUUCGAUGUACACGCUUGUUUUCUGCGCCAUCUUUCUGCAAGCCCGCAUGAACUGGCGCGGUUCGAAGCUGCUGAAACACUUUUUCCAGUUCCUGCUGAUCCUGCUCGCCUGGUACACCUGCUUGAGCCGCAUUUCCGACUACAAGCAUCACUGGUCGGAUGUACUGGCUGGGGGCGUACUCGGUGCCACGGUAGCGAUCGUCGUGUCCAACUUCUGCACCGACCUGUUCAGUGUGGCACGCAAGCGUAUGCUGAUGAGCGCAACUUUACCACAGACACGGUACGAACUUAGCCCCAACCAUACGCACGGGAAUGGCAACUAAAAAGGCAGUAGUCAAAACUAGGCACAGACCGUACAAGCCCGCCCGUGUACCGAACUUGAUCGUCGCGUUCCUUUUUGCCAAUUUUUUUUUUGGGAGGGGCAAAAACAGGGAGAAAUCUUGUGCAUCCAAUGCACUUUCGCUGCAACUCCACAGACACCCGGCAACAACACGGGGGAUGCCGAAAGCGUCAGCAAGUUAUCGCUUCAAUUAAUGCUACUACCAUCACGCGCGGGGGUUCACGUAGCAGUAGCGAUCACUAGCAUCGUAAGCUACAUCCGUAGCGAACAGUAGUGAGAAGUAAUUUAUUACGUUUACACGUUAAGCUUUCUGAUAGUGUGGUAGGAAGUUAAGUUUAUGUAACUCAGAAUAGCUGUAGAUUCAGUCGCGCAGCAGUGACUGUUAAGACUAAAAAAGCCCAACAUAGGAAAGACACAACAUACUACAUCCCGUUGCUCCUAAACUAAGGCUGCUCUCGGUAAGAUACGAUUCGCUGUAGAGUUUUCUAUUAGAGCAACUUAAAAUGGUUGUAUAUUUAUCGUAUAACUAGAUACAAUCACUUUUAUCGAUAAUAAUCUUCAAAUUAUGGAUAAGAAACGUACCCAAUAGAAUGGCUACAGUUUAGAGUCGAUCAGAGCGCGUUAAUAGAUAUUGUUUUUUAGUUUAAUUGUUCAAGACAGUCUGUAGCUGCGGUAGCAAAAUUACUCCAACAAAUGUUGUUGGACAACUAAAAUAUAUCGACAUAGUUUUCUCAAUGAUUGA